UGCUGUCAACUGGUUAUUACUGGCUUGGGAAAUCCGUCGUAUUAAAGAUAACGGGAAUAAACUCACUGUUAAUAUAUGUAAGGAUAAAGAGGAUUUGUAGGUGGAUGAUGAUUAACAAGGUUUAGGGAAGACAGAAGGAAUGAGAGAGGGAGGUGAGGCGGCCAUCAUAAUAACAAAGUGCGCGUGGCUGUCCUGACUCACACUUCAAACUUACACUUGAGGACACUCCUGCUGCUACUCUCUCACCCUCAGUAUCUCUCUUAUGGAACCCUGAACCACAUUCCUGCCAGCCAUGCCCCCCAAGAACAGAAAAGUGGCCGUGAUGGGCUACAGGAGCGUUGGAAAAUCUUCAUUGUGCAUCCAGUUUGUUGAUGGCCAGUUUGUUGACAGUUAUGACCCAACUAUUGAGAACACAUUUACGAAGAAACUUAAAGUUAGAGGUCAAGAAUAUGGCUUAGAGCUAGUAGACACAGCUGGUCAAGAUGAGUACAGCAUCUUCCCAGCACAGUACUCUAUGGACAUUCAUGGUUAUGUUCUGGUCUACUCCAUCACUUCAGAAAAGUCAUUUGAGGUGGCACAAGUCAUUUAUGAUAAAAUUCUUGACAUGAUGGGCAAAGUCACUGUUCCUGUAGUUUUAGUUGGCAACAAGAAUGAUCUUCACAUGGAACGUGUAGUGAGUACUGAUCAAGCACGCAAAGUUGCAGACACCUGGAAGGCAGUUUUUCUUGAAACCAGUGCCAAGCAACAUGAGGCUGUAAACGACAUCUUCACAAGAGUCAUUCUAGAGAUUGAGAAGGCAGAUGGAAACUCGGUCCGAGAUGGAACCUGCCAUAUUUCGUGAAGUAGUUAUGAUAUAGGAUGGAUUUUGUAAUGCUGUCUGCCAUCUUGAUUCAUUAUUUGGAUUUGAGGAAAGGUCUUUGUAUAUGGGUUAAUCUUUUAUUUUUAUGAUUACCCGAACUCAAUUUUCAUAGUAAUUUUUAUGUUGGAUCUUUUGUUUAUGGCCUUGCCCAUGUCUCAGAAUGAGCCAUCCUACUAGAUGCUGUAGACUUUUCUCCAUGUACUUUGUAGUUGUGCUGGAAGGAAUCUUUAGGAGCUAGUAGGUAUGGCUUAUAAUUCAAGGCUCAGGUAUAAUGGGAUGGAUGAAAUUCCUGCUGAUUCACUGCCUCCAGUAAUGGCUGCAGACAUUUCAUCUAGGUCUUUUUUUCUCAAAAGCUUAUGGGAUUGUAUUUUUCAGUAGUGGAAAAAAUACUUCAGUUCUAAGUUUGUGAUUUAGUAAUCGCAAAUAGUAAUUGCUUUCAUUUUUUAUUCUCUGAAUUAGAAAUAGUAUACAAGUUUUAGUUCCUUUUCGAAGCAUUUUGGGGGCCUAUACUUUUACUAUUUUGUUUUUUCUUCCUUUGACAUGGUUCAUAGUCACAAAUAGUAAAUUUUGUUGGCUUACAAUAAUAAUAGCAGUUAUAUAUACAUGUAUAACUACAUAUGCCUUGUUUGGAACUGCCGUAUAGAAAUCCCAUGCACAUUUGCAGAAAAGUUGACCUUUGGGAAAAAUAGUGUGAGUAAGCACUGUUUCUAAAAAUAUUCUUAAGGAACUAAUGAGAGUAUGGGAUUGUGUACACAAUAAUUGGUGAUGAAGUAUAGCUAGUUGAAGAGACUUUUCUUAGAUAAUGCAAUAAAGUUUAUAGACAAAAUUUAUGUAUAUAAUUUUAUCCCCUUGAUAGUAGGCAGUUUUUUCUUCAGUAGUAAGGAGUUUCAUGCAGGAUUUUUAAGAACAAAAAUACUGCCUGUAUGUACUUCACACAAAAAAUUUAAUGUUUGUAUACUCUUGCACUCUUACUAAAAAAAAAAAAAAAAUUCUCUCUUCCUGGAAGGUGCCAUAUUUAGCUAUAUUUGCAAAUCAAAACUGCAGCACUCCUUUGUACUUUUAACUUGGUGCCUUUACCUGCUUAGCAGUGUAUAUUCUGAUAAUGUAAUCUGUUAUCCUUCAUAAUUACUCCUGAUUCCUUUGGCAAUAUUAAUAAAAUAAAAUAAAUUUCAGAAUAUAGUUUGUUGCUUUGACAUUUUCAUGGCUGUGCAGGUUGCAAAUAUUCUGAAAAUUUAUUUUUAAAACAAAAAUUGAAGAUUUCUUUAAGUAGUUGUAAGGUUGUAUAUACACUUGAAAGCACUGGGAACUGCAGAAUUCUUUACAUGUACUGUGUACUUAAUUGUGGCUAAAACUAAAUUCCUUGCUCUUUCACAUCCUCUCAUCAUUUAUAGCAUAACCAGUUGACCCCCUAUAUUAGGGAAUUUGAAAGUGUCAUUGGUACCAGACCAAUAUGUUAUAAGAUCAUUCUCUCUGUUUGGUAGCUAGCAUUAAUAUGUAGGAUAUUAUAUUUUAACAUUAGGAUUGAUAGUUUUUGAGGGAAUUGAAGUGUUUUGAUAUGUUCAGAGAUAAGGCUUCUACUAUUGUCGGCUUAAGGUUUUGUGCUCAAAAAUGAGGUUUAAAUAUAGAAAAAAGUAACUGGAGGUGCAAUAAGUCAGUGAACCAAGCUCGAUUUUUCAUCUCUUGGUGGCCAUAUUGAAUAAAGGAGCAACAUGUAAUAGAAAUAAGAUCUUGCCAUAAAUGUUAUUGAAGUCUCAUCAUAAUCCAUUUUGGCACAGUUAAAAUUAUAUUAAAAAAUGUAAGACAUUAUUGACUAGUGGCAGUCAUACUGGACAGAAUGCAAGACAUUAUUGACUAGUGGCAGUCAUACUGGACAGAAUGUAAGACAUUAUUGACUAGUGGCAGCCCAUACUGGACAGAAUGCAAGACAUUAUUGACUAGUGGCAGUCAUACUGGACAGAAUGCAAGACAUUAUUGACUAGUGGCAGUCAUACUGGACAGAAUGCAAGACAUUAUUGACUAGUGGCAGUCAUACUGGACAGAAUGUAAGACAUUAUUGACUAGUGGCAGUCAUACUGGACAGAAUGCAAGACAUUAUUGACUAGUGGCAGUCAUACGGACAGAAUGUAAGACAUUAUUGACUAGUGGCAGUCAUAUUGGACAGAAUCUGCAUCAUUCAAGGAAUGUAUAAAUGUCUUGUCUUAAUCACUCGAAUGAAGCUUAAAAUUCUUUUUUUAGUGUGACAUAUUUUCAAAAAGAGAAAGAAUGACAGCAUCAGAUAUGCUCUUUGCAUCCCUUUGAGACGAUGUUACCGAGUGCCUCAAUGGUUGUAGAACAUGUAUGUUUAAUGUGUUUAAUACAGUAUGUAAAGCACUGAUAUUGAAAUACAAAAAUGGCUGAUCUUUGUAUAUGUAGUGUUAGUAUAUAAGUGAGUGCUGUGGUAAUAAUAAAAGGAUUGUCUGGUA